AUUUUCCAAAGUGACAACUGUCAGACGAUUAUACAUUUUUGUAGGUUUUACUUUAUUUAUUGAAUAAAUAAUUUCUUUUAUCUUAUUGAAGGCUUCUCUGCUGUUAUAGAAAUGAAGAAUAUAAAGCCCCACGUGAAGAGAACUCGUCCCGGCACGAGGUCAGAACAAUCUUCGAUCAGUCCAAUCGCUGUGGACAAAACGUUCAGCAGUCCAGAGUUCGCGCAAACCAGGGGACCGGGCAAACGCAAGGGCAAAGCGGCCGAGCGGAAUGAAGUACUCUGUAUAUCACCAAGCGAUAACUGUCUAGGUUUUGAAUGGACUAUUGGUCUUCGUAAGGAAACAAAGAUCAAUGAAAUACUGCGCCUAGACAAACAUUCCGACCGAGGUGACGAUACAUUCGCUGCGACAGACGAGGACGCGAUGCCUCGCACUCCUAACACAUGCGUGAGAUCUCUUCUCCAUCCCAAGAAUCUUGAGAUGGACAGACAAAAGAUUCAUGGCAGUCCCAAAGCUAAGGCAGACAAAUGUUGUGAACAAACUAAAGUGCCUAAGAAAUCUUGGCCAACAAAGUCACCGUGUUCGGAGGAAAUGGAUACAAACGAUCCUUUAAUACGGUUAUUGCAAGAUGUCCAUCACGACACGAGAAAAAGUGCUAAAAUAAUAAGAGAUUCUAAGGCAAAAUUGAUUAAUUUACAAAAGAAAGCUGUUUUGAACGAGGCGGACAUUAAGGAACUCGGGGAGCGUAAUGAACUGCUUCUCCGCGAGAUGGAGCGCUUCGACAGACUCACAAAAACUAUUCAGAAGCUAGUCGGUGCCGAAGUCGAGCAAUUCAAAAAAAAUAAAGGAGAUCCUUUUAAACAUAAUGAUUUAGCGACUAAUUUAUAUGAGCCGAUGUUUCCGGAGUUAACAACGUACCGCCCCGCUCCCGCCGCCGCCCUGGCCGCUAUCAGACACACAAACAUGCCGGGAUUACCGUUACCAGGAGGGACGAUCACUCGAAGCAAAUCUGAGAUUGAUCUUACCCGGAAACUGACUGAGAGCUACGAUAUGCAGGAAAAGCUAGUCGCUGAUAAUGCUGAUUUAGAAGUCAAAAGGUAUAUUUUGUACAAGGAGCUGAUGACAAAAGAUCAGAGCUUGGAGAUGUGUCGCGCCCAGAUCAAGAGGCUGCAAGGGGAAUUGAAAUUGUUGAACAUUGAGAAUUCAAUCCUAAGCGAAAAACUCGAUAAGAAUAACCCCGAGGGCGAUGCAGCUGCGAUAAAUCAAGACGUUUUACGCCAACAAAAAACAAAUCAGAUUGAAGAACACAUUAAUGAGAAAAGUCCACAAGAGCUCAUCGAUAAACUUGAUAAUUACAAAAGCUCCAGUGUAAACUUUGAAAAGCAGCUAGGUGAAUUGGAAUUGGAGGUUCGUCAUAUUAGAACGGAAAUGGCUAACAUAAAGGAGGCAGGAGCGGGCAGUGCGUGCCGCGGCGGCAGCGCUGCCGGACCAAACACCUGUUUCCAGCAGCAUGAGGGCGGAGGACCCCCGGUACCUCCAAUGACAAAGGCCUGUGGAGUAUGUCCGCCGUGUCCGGCGCCCUGCAACCCUAAUGCUCCCCCGACUCCUGCUGAAAAGGAAGUACAGAGGCUGACCAUUCAGUUGUCGCAGAUGCAAGAAAGCUUUAAGACUAAAGUUGCAGAGUGUGCUAUGCUCCGAACGGAACUCCUUAAGAAGAAAGAAGAGUUGGAGAAGGAGCGGUGCCAGCAUCGCGAGGUGGGGAAUAAGCUGCGGGAGCUGGAGAUGAAGUUUGAGGGACUGACGACGCAUACCAACAUGUUGCUGGGCACGCGGGAGGAGGCGUUCGAGCAGGAAGUGAGCGUGAGGAUGCUGAAGCAGUGUUACCGCGAGGCCCGGGAGGAGAUCGACGAGCUUAGGGUGCUCAUGAAGGAGCAAAACGAUCAGCUCCAAGACUAUAGAGUUAAAUAUCUGCAAGCACAACAACUUGUAGAAGAACAAAAACGACAAAUGGAUAUGAUGGACAUGGACAAUACGAGAAUAAGUGAACAAAUUAAUCUCGAGAUACAGAAAGUUAAGUUAAAAUUCCAAGAGAAGUUGCAAGAGUUGACUCCGAUUCCCGACCUACUGAAGGCGACUCAGCUGAAGCUGAAGGACGCGCAGCAGUCCCAAGCCAUCGCCGAGCAUAACGCUGAGCAACUCGCUAGGGAAUUGAAUUGCGCCAGAGAAAAAGUGCAUGUACUUUUGCAUAACACUAUCAAACCGCCUGAGAAAACACCGGAAAAAGGUACCGAUGAAAAGCAACUGGCUCUCCUGCAGCAGCGAAUUUCCCAACUCACGGAAACAAACAUAAGCCUUAAGGGUGAAAUUGAAAGACUCAAGGCUAACGUGAUCCGCAUGGAGGAGGCGGUGCUGGCGCAUGAGAAGCGGCUACACGAGAAGAUG